AUGGCUGCAAGAACCAAAGGAAAGAUGGUCAUUCGAGAGCAUGGUGAAGGCCCUGCGGCGAUGCUCGCCAUCGGCACGGCGAACCCGACGAACCUCUUGCUUCCCCAAGACAUGUUCGCCGACAACUUGUUCCGUGUGACCAAGAGCGAGCACCUCACUGAACUCAAGGAAAAGAUGAACAGAAUCUGUCAGAAAACGGGCAUUGAAAAGCGCCACUUCCAUCUGACCGAGGAGACACUUGCCGCCCACCCAGAGCUCCUCGACAGGGAGCUGCCAUCCCUCGACGCACGCAUAGAAAUGGCCGCCACCGCGGUGCCGAAGCUCGCGCAGUCCGCGGCCGCCAAGGCCAUAGCCGAGUGGGGCCGCCCGGCCACCGACAUCACCCACCUCGUCUUCAGCACCUACUCGGCGUGGGAGGCCCCCAGCGCCGACCUCAAGCUGGCCACGCUCCUCGGCCUCCGCCCCACGGUCUGCCGCACCAUCCUCAGCCUCCACGGCUGCUACGGCGGCGGCAGGGCGCUCCACCUCGCCAAGGAGCUCGCCGAGAACAACCACGGCGCGCGCGUCCUCGUGGCCUGCGCGGAGACGACCCUUGUCUGCUUUGGCAGCCCCGACGGGGCCAACCUCGUGGGCCACGGAUUGUUCGGGGACGGCGCCGGCGCCGUCAUCGUCGGCGCCGGACCCUUCGGCGAAGGUGAGCGCCCGCUCGUCGAGAUGGUCACCGCCACGCAGACGACGAUCCCGAGGACCGAGCACGUGCUCGGCAUGCAGGCCACGGCAGGCGGCAUAGACUUCCACCUCGCCAUCCAGGUGCCGAUGCUGAUCGGACAGAACGUCGAGCGAUGCCUCCUCGACGCAUUCGACGGGGAUGCUCCGGGUUCCUGGAACGAGCUCUUCUGGGCGGUGCACCCGGGUGGCCGUCCCAUCCUGGAUAACAUAGACACGGUGCUCAAACUGGAGCCAGGUAAGUUGGCGGCCAGCCGGCAUGUGCUCCGCGAGUACGGCAACAUGAGUGGCGCCACCAUCGUCUUCGUGCUUGACGAGCUGCGCCGGCGUCGGAAGGAAGAGGAUGGUGGGCAUCUGCUGCCGGAGUGGGGCGCCAUGCUGGCCUUCGGUCCGGGAAUCACCAUCGAGACCAUGCUGCUUCGCUCUCCACGCUGA